GCUGGAAAGUGGAUUGUGGGUUUUUCCGACCGUCUAUGUCCGUGCGCGAGAGAAGAACCCUAAACGCGCGAGCGAGCACGUGUAGCGCUGCGGUGUAGCGAGCUAAAUCUGCAAAUGCGGCAUCGGCUGCUGGCAAGGAGCAAGAAAUUCGUCUUAAAUCACACCAGGAUACUACUCCAUGGUUAGCAUCAGAAGGCGUCGAUUAAUCGCUGCUUCCGCAGUGAUUGUUAAGCGACGGAAGAAGAGAACUUUGCGACCUUGUACUCCUGAAACAAGCAGCAAGAGCCUUUUGGCGAAGUUUUCAUCGCCUACUGGCAGUGGAGCGGGGAAUGGUGCUCAUUCUCGUUCUCGUAGUACUGAGUUUGAGAUAAAGAAGCGAACUUACCAGAGGAAGAAGCACAACACCUUGUGCUUGCGAGGUGUUUAUUUCAAAAACAUGAAGUGGCAAUCCGCGAUCAAAGUCGGCAAGAAACAAGUGCACCUUGGAACUGUCUCCACAAAGGAAGAUGCCGCUCAUCUCUACGACAGGGCCGCUUACAUGUGUGGAAGGGUCCCAAACUUUGAGCUCUCUCAGACCGUUAAACUCGAACUGGAUGCUCUCACCUGGGAAGAGUUUCUCGAUCUCACGAGAAAGGAGAUUGCAAACAAGAAGUUGCGAAGGAGGAUGGAGGCGCAGCAAACCAGGCAUGGGCAGCUGCAGCAGCAGCAGCAGCAACAGCAGGACGAGGAGCAAGAAGAGGCUUCCGUUUGUAAGUUUAGUGUCGAGCAUCACUCUUCGAAAGAAACUGCAUCCACAGAUCAGAGCGUCUAGUCUUUGAAGUUGGAAGCCAAGACAUACGAAGCUCCGUUCUCCGGAUCGAAAGCGACGAGCUCAUCAAACGCACACUUUCCAAUGGAAACAUCGC